CGUCACAUGUUGACUAGGACUGCCAGUUGAUGCAACCGAAAGCUUAAACAGUUUUAGAGAGUCAAAGGCCAAAACGAACAAUUAUUAAGAAAAUGAUGCUGUUAUUAUCGGUACUCUGUAGUUUGCACUGAAAUGUCUUAACAUCUCCGUUUAUUGUUGGAUAAAACACACGUGUUAAUGUUGUAUUUAUUCUGACAAGCUAAUGUAGCUAGCCUGUUUGCUAGCCAGGAAGAGUUGACAUCUCACUGUUGGCUUCAGGUUAGCUAACACAGUCAACAUAGGAGCUAAUAUUAAGAGAUGCGGCUAAAGGACCCCUUCUCUUUGAAAGCCGCCGAUAUGACUAAGCGGACUAAUAAACCGAGGAAACCUCGAGAUGAGGAGUCAUCAGAUGAAGUCAGCGGGUUGACAUGCCAGCAUGUGAGUAAAGCAGUGGACCUGAGCUCAGUGAAGAAGUCGGUGCUCUCCAACGUGUGGGUGGUGUGCUCUGAGUGCCUAAAGGAGAGGACCAUGAUCGAUGAAGAGCCAGCAGCAUCCCAUGACAUCCUUGUGUGCUUAAAGUGUGGCUUCCAGGGCUGUAACCAGUCUGGGGUCCAGCACUCUGAAAAGCACCACCAAGCUUUCAAUCCGGAGUCUCACUGCAUCACCAUCAGCCUGAGCACGUGGAAGGCCUGGUGUUAUGAAUGUAAUGAGGAGCUCUCCACUCACUGCAACAAGAAGGCUUUGGCUCAGACGCUGGACUUUUUACAAAAGCACUCCGUCAAGGCUACAUCAGGAGCAUCACCCAAAAUCAUCAAGCUGCAAGAGGAUCCAUCAGAUUAUGCCGACUCGGCCAAAGGCAAGAGUCCUGCCACCAACAGCACCUUGGUCCCCGUCAAAGGCAUAAACAACCUCGGGAACACCUGCUUCUUCAACGCUGUCAUGCAGAACCUGUCUCAGACACACAUGCUAAUCGACCUCAUCCAGGAAGUGAAGGAGAAAGGCUUCAAACUGAGGAUCAGCCCCACUGGUGAAACCAAUGUGGGUCCUUUGACAGUAAUGCUGCCCAGCCCAGAGCCCCUGACGGCGGCCAUGUUUCUCUUCCUCCAGAGCAUGAAGGACCCAGGGAAAGGCCCGGUCAAUCCCAAGAUCCUCUUCAACCAGCUCUGCCAGAAGGCUCCGCGCUUCAAGGGCUACCAACAACAGGACAGCCAGGAGCUUCUGCACUACCUCCUGGACUCCAUACGAGUAGAGGAAACUAAAAGGGUGAAAGCCGCAAUUCUGAAAGCCUUCAACAAUCCCACAGAGAAGACAGCAGAUGAGGACACUAAACGCCAAGUUAAAGCGUACGGAAAGGAAGGCGUGAAGAUGAACUUCGUUGACCGCAUCUUUGUAGGGGAGCUGACAAACACGAUCAUGUGUGAAGAGUGCGAGCAUAUCUCCACGGUGAAGGAGGCUUUCAUAGACAUAUCUCUACCCAUCAUAGAGGAGAGGAUGUCAAAACCAUCCAACCCUAGUAGACUAGGAAAGGUUGUCCGGGAGCAGGAAGCCCAGGUGACGCACAGUGACCAGAUUCAGUCUGCAGCGCACUCUGUCAACAGAAACACCAAGAAGCUGGGUGCACAGAAGCAGCAGAGCAGGAGGUCUUCAAGUUCUGUGGAAGAGAAGGGAGCAAGCUGCAGUUUGGAUCGGCCGGAGGAGGAGGGCAUAGCUGCUGGAUCCGCCCGCGGGAUCUCUGUUUGCAAGAUGGCCGCCGCCGGCAGCCUAUCAGACGGCAGUGAGAGAGACUCUGGUCCUCAGGACAGCAGCAAUGACGCUGACAGCGAGGCCUCAGAGAGUGAGUGGGCCCCGCGCAUCUCCUCCAGCCACAGCCACGGACACAUGACCACCCCGUCGUCCACCUCCACCCUCACUCCAUCCCCUACGCCCGCCUCCUCCACCUCCCCCUCGCCUUCAUCCGCCACGAAGCAUGGCAGCGCUGUGGAGCAGCUAGUUACCGCCGUGUCCAAAGUCAACCUCGGCUUCACCUCCGGGGACUGCUCCCCCCCCACACACUGCUCUCCAGAGGAGGCCUCUAACCUCCACCAUCAGCACCACCAAGGGGCGUUCCAGGCGCUUUCCCAAAGUUACACACCCAGCUCCAAGGAGUGCUCCAUCCAGUCCUGCCUCCACCAGUUCACCUCCGUGGAGCUGCUGAUGGGCAACAACAAGCUGCUGUGUGAGAACUGCACCGAGCGCAGACACAAACAGCUGCGCAAGAGCACCUCCGUCGACAAGAAGAUGGAGAAGAUUUACACCAGUGCUAGGAAGCAAAUACUCAUAUCCUCGCUGCCUCCUGUCAUCACAUUACAUCUGAAACGCUUCCAUCAGGCAGGAAUGAACUUACGAAAAGUGAACCGCCAUGUCGAUUUUCCCCUGAUCCUGGACCUGGCUCCAUUCUGCUCGGCCUCCUGCAAAAGCCUGGCAGCCGGUGAGCGUGUCCUCUACAGUUUGUACGGGAUUGUGGAACAUAGUGGAUCAAUGCGGGGGGGCCACUACACUGCUUAUGUAAAGGUGCGCGCUCCCCAGAGGAAAAUGGAAGCGCACUACAGGAACCUGUCAGGUGCGAGGGAUGCCGGCAGCAGCUUCCAGGGCCAGUGGGUGUACAUCAGCGAUACCACCGUUCAGACGGUACCAGAGUCAAGGGUACUCAACUCUCAGGCAUACCUGCUCUUCUACGAGGAACUCCUGUAAUGUAACUCCCUCAAAAGUAUUUUUCCCUAGAUCUCGUUUUGUUUUUGGUACACGCCUGUAAAACUCCUCAUACUGUUUCUGUGAGAAGCUGGACGAAAGAAAAAGGGACUUUACACUUACUCGUCUUGGUUGAGGAAUGACUGUCUCAAUUGAAAUCACACCUCUUAAUAUCUUACAUAUAUAAAAGAUAAACAUCAUAUGUUAAAGUGAUUAUUUUCUUAUUUUCAUUCAUGUUUCUUACCCUUUAAAGAAAGGUCAGAGAAAAAGAGUAUGACUGAGCCUGAGCUGUUCUAAGUUUAUCGUCUAUUUCUGUCACAAUCUCGUGCCGGAGAUACUCACUGCAAAAAGGAGGUUUUUUUACAUGUCACAAACAGGAAAUAAGCAGAAUUAUCGAAUGCCAAACUGCAUCAGCUCUGAGUGAUGGAUGGUAAGUGUGUGUGAUGAGUGAAUGAUUGAGUAAGAGACAGGAGAAUGUAGGUUUAAGGUGCUAUGUGUAUCAUUUCAUUAACCAUUACUAUGGUAAAUGAGAAUUAGCAUUAUAACUGGUGUAAUUGCCAAACAACCAUCAAGAAGAAGAUUGGCAUGUUUCAAAGAAUCAUCAUACAGAAACAAAUAUAUUUUAUUGCAUUGCUCAGAUUUAUCCUGAAUUUAUGUUAAAAUAACUUCGAUAUUCUCUGAGAUUCAUGGAGUGAAAUUACAACAAAAAUACAUGAAUAUUCUCUGAGUGGUAAAAGUAGGGCUGGGCGGUAUGACAAAAAUUCACAGUUUUCUUCCAAAUUAUACCGGUUUCACAGUAUUUAUUUAUAUAUUGAAUGAUUGGAAAUGUAUUUACAAUUAUACGUUUUGGCCCCCCCAAAAAAAACCAAUUGAUCAUGAGUCUUACGUUGUGAAGGAACCAGAAUGCAGGAAACAGCUGCAAAAUGUAAACCAUUUUAUUGUGCAAACUAUGCGUACCACAUAACAACUAACAACAAAAGCACUGUUUGAAAAUGUAAACAUAUCCCCCCUUCUCUGAAACUGCGUGAGUGCACAUUUGAAAUCCUUAUCUUAUGAUUGACCUUCAAACUUAGGUUCAGAAUAACGGGGACUUGUUUCACUGCCGUACCGCUCGAGCGCUCUUCGCCACUUUUUCAAUGGUAUUGCGGUAUAUGAAAAUAUCAUAUGGUAUAAAGUUCACAGUAUUCGGUAUGAAACCUUAUAUGGCCCAGCACUAUAAAAAAAUAACCUGAAUAUUUCUUUAGAUUCAAAUGUAAAACUUAUGACUAAAUCCUAUUAUUUGAUUAAGUCAUCUUCUGCAGGCAUAAUACACGGCAAGCUGCGUCUGUGGUGUGAUGAGGUUGGUCCAACCUAGCAAUUUAAGUGAUGUCAAUUCUUGACAAAAAACACAAUUUCAUGCUUUUUUUUUGGCGGUGUGGAUUUCUGAAUUUAAACCCAGACGAUCUCCUUUUUUAUCAUACAUUUGUGAUUUUAUUCUGGUAAUUCUAUAAAAAAAAUGACCAUGGCCCUACUCUGUCAUUGUACAGAAUUGUUCAGAUGUGUUCUUGAUUGUUUCUGGCAGAAAUGUAAGAAAUGUCAAGAGAAAACAUUUAUUCAGACAUUUUUUUCCUUAUAUUACAGAGACUGAAGUAUGAGGACAGGAAGCUAUAUCAUUUGUGACAGAGUUAAUGUGAAAUAAAUGGGAACAUAUAAGAAACUUAAACCUAAUAAUACAGCACCAAAACGGCUACUUAUCAUAUUAGCUGAUAAUGAUAACAAGAUUAUACAAGUUUACAUCAACAUAGUGGUUUAAAAUGUUACACAUAGCACCUUUUUAAGAACAGCACAAGUUAUUUUACAGCCUCAUUUUAAAGGAUUGUUAUUUUUUUUACAUCAGAAUGUAAAAAUGUAAGACUAUCAGUAGAUUACAUUUGCCAAAGACAAGUUUUGCGACGGAGUUGGAGCAGAAGAACCGAACACACGAGGACUUCAUACGCUUUCUUUAACGUCAGUUAAUCCAAGGCCGCCGGUGUGGUCCUUGAGUGUUGCACAAAAAGAAAACAUACUCAAUGUUUGUCAGACCAACCGAGCAACUUGUGUGCCUUCAUUGUACGGUACUUCUACUGUGUAGGCGCACUCACAAACCUAUUAGGAUCAACAAAGAAGCAGUGACUAUCCUUAAUACUUUAACAAAAAUAACCAUAAAAAAAACACACAAGACUUAUCUAUAAAAAAAAACAUCGUUGCCGUAAUGUGCAUGGGUAAAUGUUCUAAAUGAAUGUAUUCUUGAAAUGUCUGUCAAAUGAGCUGCUUAUCUUUUUCUAUGGAAUUAUAGGAAAUGGAAAGGGUUGUUCAUCAGUUUCCCAUUCUUUUAUUUUGAAAAACUAGAACUCAGUGCCUGUGCUUCAGGUUAAAGAAACUCAUGCAUGGUGAGAAGACGAACAUAUGCAUCGUGAAACGCAAAGAGGGAUAUUUAUGUACAGUAUAACUGUAAGCAAAAACAAUAAGGAGGUAUAUGUAGUUGUUCAUACUCAGAACAAUACAGAAUCAUGGUGCUUUAGGCGUGCAGGGUUUUUCCUCGAGGCAAAGUUUUGUUUCCAUUCAAUUUGAAUUAUGAGACAUUUGGAAUGAGUAUAACGACAUACUGUAUCAAAAUAAAUCUAAUUUAUGAACUGGA